AUGGCACAGGGCGUAACAAAACUAAAGUCAAAUCCAAAUACGAAAAAGGCCAACAACGCCCACAAAGCGUCGAAGAAUGCAUCAGUGACCAAGAAGGGAAAGAUGGCGAUCCCCCCAAAGAAGAAAAAUGAAGUUGAGCUCAAGACUAAUAUGAAGAAAUUGAGCUCAUCCAUCAAUAACAACAUCGAGAAGGAAAUGGUCGGUAAAGCUUCCAGUGGACCACUGCACAUUCUCAAAGACAAGGACGCUAAGGGUAAAAAGUAA